UUUUGCAAACUUUUUCCAGCUUUUUCCAUCCUCUCCCCAGCCGGGCUUCACGCUGGUGGAGACUUGUUCUCUCUUAGUUUUACUUUUUUUAACCCUUCCCUACCCUUUAGCCAUCAGAUUUUUUUUCUUUUUUAAUUUUUUUUAAAAGUUUUUUUCGUCCCCUGUUCUCCCCUCUGCCACUUUCUCGCAUGAAUCUCCUAGACCCCUUCAUGAAAAUGACAGAAGAACAGGACAAAUGUAUCUCCGACGCCCCCAGCCCCACCAUGUCGGAUGAUUCCUCCGGGUCCCCCUGUCCUUCUGGAUCCGGUUCGGACACGGAGAACACCAGACCCCAAGAAAACACUUUCCCUAAGGGUGACCCGGACCUGAAGAAAGAAAACGACGAGGACAAAUUCCCGGUGUGCAUCCGAGAGGCUGUGAGCCAAGUGCUCAAGGGCUACGACUGGACCCUGGUGCCCAUGCCGGUCCGGGUAAACGGCUCCAGCAAAAACAAACCCCACGUCAAGAGACCCAUGAACGCCUUCAUGGUGUGGGCACAGGCAGCCCGCAGGAAGCUGGCGGAUCAGUACCCGCAUCUGCACAACGCCGAGCUCAGCAAAACCCUGGGCAAGCUCUGGAGGCUGCUCAACGAGAGCGAGAAGCGUCCCUUCGUGGAGGAGGCCGAGCGGCUGCGGGUGCAGCACAAGAAGGACCAUCCCGACUACAAGUACCAACCGCGGCGGAGAAAGUCUGUGAAGAACGGGCAGUCGGAGCAGGAAGAGGGCUCCGAGCAAACCCACAUCUCCCCCAACGCCAUCUUCAAGGCGCUCCAAGCCGACUCCCCGCAGUCAUCCUCCAGCAUCAGCGAGGUGCACUCUCCCGGGGAGCACUCGGGGCAAUCGCAGGGUCCCCCCACGCCCCCCACCACCCCCAAGACGGACCCGCAGCCGGGCAAGCAGGACCUGAAACGGGAGGGUCGCCCCCUGCAAGAAGGCGGCCGGCAGCCCCCCCACAUCGACUUCCGAGACGUGGACAUCGGCGAGCUCAGCAGCGACGUCAUCUCCAACAUCGAGACCUUCGACGUCAACGAGUUCGAUCAAUACCUGCCCCCCAACGGGCACCCGGGGGUCCCGGCCACCCACGGCCAAGCCGGCCAGGUCACCUACACCGGGAGCUACGGCAUCAGCAGCACGGCGGGGUCUCAAGGAGGGGGCGGUCACGUCUGGCUGUCCAAACAACAACCCCAACCCCCUCCCCAGCCCCCGGCACAGCCCCCGGGCCAGGCGCAGCACGGGGGGCUGCCGGCUCUGAGCGGGGAGCAGGGCCCCCCGCAGCAGAGGACGCACAUCAAGACGGAGCAGCUGAGCCCCAGCCACUACAGCGAGCAGCAGCAACACUCCCCGCAACAGCUCAACUACAGCUCCUUCAACCUCCAGCACUACGGCUCCUCCUACCCCACCAUCACCCGCUCCCAGUACGACUACACCGACCACCAGAACUCCAGCUCCUACUACAGCCACGCCGCGGGGCAGAGCAGCAGCCUCUACUCCACCUUCACCUACAUGAACCCCACGCAGCGCCCCAUGUACACCCCCAUUGCAGACACUUCGGGGGUCCCCUCCAUCCCCCAGACCCACAGCCCCCAGCACUGGGAACAGCCCGUCUACACACAGCUCACCAGGCCCUAAAGCCAUUGCCAAUAAAAACAAACAAACAAACAAA